UUCCUCUCUCUCCUCUCCGCCCAACCCUUGACUUCCCAUUCUAUUCCAUCUCUCUCUCUCUCUCUCUCUCUCUCUCUCUCUCGAUCGUCUUCUCCACUUCCUCCUCGCAUUUCCCACUAGUGAGGCGGAGGCCAUAGCCAUGGAUCCCUUCCACCACCUCAACUCCUCCUUCUCCAACCCCUACCACCCACUCCUCGCCUCCCCGCCCCACCACUUCGCCCCCGACCCACUCCCCCCACCUCCUCCUCCGCCGCCGCCGCCGCUGCUCCCCGCCGACCCGCCGUCGCUCGAGCGGGAGCGCCUCCCGCAGUGGUCCCACGCCGAGACCGCCGCCUUCCUCGCCAUCCGCGCCGACCUCGACCACUCCUUCCUCUCCACCAAGCGCAACAAGGCGCUCUGGGAGGCCGCCUCGGCGCGCCUCCACGCCCUCGGCUUCGCCAGGACCCCCGAUCAGUGCAAGUCCAAGUGGAAGAAUCUCGUCACCCGGUUCAAGGGCACCGAGGGCGCCGCCGCCGUCGCCGCCGCGGGGACGGAUCAGAUGCAGGGGGGGCAGGGCGGUGGUGCGGCGGCGAGGGGGUCGUCGUCGUCGUUCCCGUUCCAUGAUGAGUUGAGGAGGAUUUUCGACGCCAGGGUUGAGAGGGCGCGCGCAUUGGAGAGGAAGAAGGUUAAGGGGAAGGAUCCUGAUGAUGACCACGACGGUGGUGGUGAUGGGGAUGAGGAUGAUGAGGAGGAGGCGGAUCAGCAGGUCGACGAGGAGGACGACGGGGCGUCCGGGGACACGACGAGGGCCGGGUCGAAGAAGCGGAGGAGGAAGGCGGCGGCGGCGGCGAGGAGGACGGGUUCGACGGGCGGGGUGGAGGGCGAGGUGGAGGCGAUGCUGCGGGAGUUCAUGCGGCGGCAGAUUGAGAUGGAGGAGCGGUGGAUGGAGGCGGCGGAGGCGCGCGAGGCCGAGCGCCGCGCCCGCGAGGAGGAGUGGCGGACCGCCAUGGUCGCGCUCGGCGAGGAGCGCCUCGCGCUCGUCCGACGCUGGCGCGAGCGCGAGGACGCGUGGCGCGCGCGCGCCGAGGAGCGCGAGGAGCGCCGCCACCAGCUCGUCGCCGCACUCCUCGCCAAGCUCGGCGCCGGCGACGCGUCCGCCUGAGAUCGAUCGAUCCCUCCCCCCAUUGUUCCAUCCGCACCGCACCGCCGCCGGUUUGCAUUGGAUGGGAAGAAAAUGACUGCCGAAUCUAUGAUGGAGUAAGCAAAAAUUAACAAGAAUUUAUAUGAUCGAUACAAGGACAAUCGAUCUCGGCUGGCCCACAAAUUUCAGGUGUGAAGUCAUCAGUCGCAUGUUUAGCCAAAAUCUGGAGAGACCACUUGACACACGCAAUUAAUAUAUUCCCCAGUACAGUCUAAAGAACCAAUAUAUAUUAUUUGAUACAUAUGUUAAUAUAUAUACUGAUGUGACUGACAAAUAGACAAACGAGAUUAAAUUGUGGGUUUUACAAUACCUGAAUCAUCCUUAAGAAGCAAAGGAUUAUACAGCAGUGACUGAUGGUGAUUGAUUCAACGGUGACUUUUGGCGAUAUGUUCUGAUUAAGGUCGUCCAUGCAUCAAUAUCGUAUCCUGACAAGUACGUGUAUCACAUAAUUCUUCACUAGCUUGAUUUUUUUAUGUUGUUACUUAGUAAUAUACUACAUCUUUUUCUAAUAUAUAAUACCGUUUACCUUUUA